AUGAGGUGUGUGAGCCACCAGCAGGCCCGGCAGCUGCUCCACAACAAGUUCAUCGUGGUGCUGGGAGACUCCAUUCAGAGAUCUGUGUACAAGGACCUUGUUCUGCUGCUACAGAAGGAGAAGUAUCUCACCUUACAACAACUCAGGAGCAAGGGUGAAAUGAGCUUUGAGAUGGACUGCCUGAUAGAAGGGGGCUGUCUAAGCCCAUUGCACAACGGAACAGGAUACAGAGAGGUCCGGCAGUUCCAGUCCGCCCACCACCUGGUCCGCUUCUACUUUGUGACGCGCAUCUUCUCUCACUACAUGCAGAGCAUCAUAGACGACUUCCGCAAUGGCUUGAAACCAGACAUAAUCAUUGUCAACUCCUGCGUUUGGGAUAUCUCAAGAUACAGGUCCAGUUGGAUUGAUGACUACAAAGAGAACUUGCGUAGUUUCUUUGACAAGAUGAGAGGGAUCCUGCCCGAGGAAACCUUGGUCAUGUGGAGCCUCACUAUGCCUUUAGCAGAGAGAAUCAAAGGUGGUUUCCUGGUGCCUGAGAUUGAGCACAAGGUCCCCCAUCUGCGUUAUGAUGUGAUCGAAGCUAACUUCUACAGUGGGACCCUGGCUGACGCCUACGGGAUAGACGUGUUGGACCUACACUUCCAGUUCCGCUUUUCUCUGCAACAUCGUACGAAGGAUGGAGUCCACUGGAAUGCACUCGCCCACCGCAGGAUAACCUCCCUGCUGUUACACCACGCUGCACAGGCCUGGGGCGUCGACAUGCCCUGUGAACUGACCCCUGUCGGAGUGCGUCAAGUAGACUGUGCCCCUAACUUCCACUGCCCUGCUCCCACCAACUAUUUUUCCAGCAAUGAGAGAUAUGACAACGGUUACAGGGAGGAGUUCAGCGAUGAUUCCCUCCCUUUACACUGCUUCAACUUUGAGGACAACCAACAGCAGAAACGAACACAUCGCCACAGGCCGGCCCUCCUACCACUGCCGGCCCUCCCACCACAGCCUGACCUCCCUGUCCAAAGGCGCAGGUAUAACAAUCAUGGACAGGGUGGAAAUGGUUCCCACUACAGACCUCAACCCUACCACGUUCCCUACAAUGAGCCCCAUCAGUACGUGAUAAGGAACCGACACAACAGACAGCACUUUGCUCCUUACGCCUACCAAAGACCAAAUCACUACGGCAAUCAUUUCAGUUACUACUGA